CGGCGUUGUACAUGUGUAUUGUAAUCUGAGUUUUGUUUGCAGAUUUGGCCCACAAUUCAAUUCAAAUCAAAAACCCUACUCUUCUCCUCCUCCUCCUCCUCCUCCUCCUGCAUCUUCGAUCAACAAUGGUAGCCGGUAAUUCAAAAUCCGACAUCUCUUUCGCCGGCACCUUUGCUAGUAGUGCUUUUGCUGCAUGUUUCGCUGAGAUCUGCACAAUUCCAUUGGACACUGCAAAAGUGAGACUUCAGCUACAGAAGAAAGGAAUUGCAGGAGAUGGGAUGGGUUUACCCAAGUAUAGGGGAAUGUUAGGUACUGUAGCAACUAUUGCAAGAGAAGAAGGUCUUGCUUCUUUGUGGAAAGGAAUUGUACCCGGAUUACAUCGUCAAUGUUUGUAUGGAGGUUUAAGAAUAGGCCUCUAUGAUCCGAUUAAGAACCUGUAUGUGGGUGAAAACUUUGUUGGAGACGUUCCUUUGACCACCAAAAUACUUGCUGGGCUAACAACCGGUGCUCUUGCAAUUGCAGUAGCAAACCCUACCGAUCUUGUAAAGGUCCGCCUACAAGCGGAAGGAAAACUGCCAGCUGGCGUGCCAAGGCGUUACUCUGGAGCGUUAAAUGCUUAUUCAACAAUAGUGAGACAGGAAGGGGUUAGGGCUUUAUGGACUGGAAUUGGGCCCAAUGUUGCGCGUAAUGCUAUAAUAAAUGCUGCUGAAUUAGCCAGUUAUGAUCAAGUGAAGCAGACAAUUCUGAAGAUCCCCGGGUUUUCCGACAAUGUUCUUACCCAUUUGUUAUCUGGAUUAGGAGCUGGUUUUUUUGCAGUUUGCAUCGGGUCCCCCGUUGAUGUGGUGAAAUCAAGAAUGAUGGGAGAUUCAAGUUACACAAGCACGAUUGAUUGCUUUGUUAAGACUUUAAGAAAUGACGGACCUUUGGCAUUCUACAAGGGCUUCAUUCCGAAUUUUGGGCGGUUAGGUUCUUGGAAUGUGAUCAUGUUUCUAACUCUUGAACAGGCUAAGAAGUUUGUUAAAAGCAUAGAGUCAUCUUGAAUGAGGGGAGGCAUGUUGACGUGUUGACUACCCAAUUAUGAAUAAAUUCCCAACCAUUUGUAAGUCGUGAUUAUAUGUUGGAUUCUGAUAAUUGAUUUGUUGGAGAUGAAGACAAUUUUCUGAAUAGUCAAAGUUCAACUUACUAGGGGUUUGGAUGCUUUAUGAGAGAAUUUUGUAAUGCUUCUUAACGGGAGGGGAUCUACUUCUCACAUACAGUUUUCUCUUGGCAUUUUGCUUUUGAAUGAAUUUCCAUGAAUAUUCCAUUCUA